AUGGAGAGGCUACCAGAGGAGUUAAAGAGCGGGGCACCCGCCGUCUCCAAGAUGGUGGUGGCGCCCAUUGAGGGGGUGAAGCUGCUGCUGCAGGUGCAGGCUUCGUUCAAGCAGAUCCGGGCGGACCAGCAGUACAGAGGCAUGGUGGACUGCUUCGUGCACAUCCCCAGGGAGCAAGGAUAUUUCAGCUUUUGGCGUGGCAAUUUGGCAAACGUUAUACGGUAUUUCCCAACACAAGCUCUAAACUAUGCUUUUAAGGACAAAUACAAACAGAUUUUCAUGUCCAAAGGGGAUCAAGAAAAACAGUUCUGGAAAUGGUUUUUGGCAAACCUAGCUUCUGGUGGAGCAGCAGGAGCAACAUCCCUGUGUGUAGUGUACCCAUUAGACUUCGCAUGAACUUGUUUAGCUGCUGAUACUGGGAAAGGUGCUGCUGAGCGACAGUUCCAGGGACUUGGUGACUGUAUUGUUAAAAUUGCAAAGACGGAUGGACUUCCUGGCCUGUACCAGGGUUUUGGUGUUUCAGUACAGGGAAUCAUUGUAUACCGAGCCUCCUAUUUUAGAUGUUAUGACACCAUAAAGGGAUUAUUGCCAAAUCCAAAACAAACUCCAUUCAUUCUUUCCUUUUUCAUUGCUCAAGUUGUGACUACAUUCUCAGGAAUGCUGUCUGACCCUUUUGACACUGUCAUGAGACGCAUGAUGAUGCAGAGUGGGGAGACUGAACGCCAAUAUAAAGGAACCGUUGACUGCUUUAAGAAAAUAUACCAGCAAGAGGGGCUUAAUGCUUUCUUCCGUGGAGCAUUCUCCAACAUCCUUCAUGGAACAGGAGGAGCCUUAGUGCUAGUCCUUUAUGAAAAAAUUAAGGAAAUUUUUAAUCUCGAUGUUUCAGAGAGUUCAGGGUCUGAUUAA